GGUGGCCAUAGGUAAAACCCUAAACCCCCUCCAUAAGCUCCCGUGUGUUGCUACCAUUUCUUCCGCUCUCGAGUUCUCCCCCAUAGCCAGCAGGUUAGUGUUCGUGAGCUCAACGGCGAGGAGACAUGUUUGCUCUUUCCAAGGUUUUGCGGAGAAGCCAAAGACUCCCACUCGGUGUUUGUAACGCUGUGUAUGCUAAACUAGAGGUACCACUGGAGAGAAGGAGCACUGUUCUUGAAGCACCUACUGUGGUAUUUGAUAAAUCCCAAUCUUUCGAGGGAUUUUACCAGUUUUCCUCGGAUUUCUCUACAAGUAGACGCUCACUUUCCUCAAAAGCUGAUGCUAAAGGUGUUGAAGAAGAAGACCUCGAAGAUGGGUUUUCAGAGCUUGAAGGUGCAAAGUCAGCCCAAGAGGCUAGCAGUGAAAGUGACAUUGAAGAUGACUUAGUGUCCGAGGAGCUUUCAGGGGAUGAAGACGACGGUGAACUUGACAACUCUGAUGCCAAGAGUGGGUCAAGGAAUGCUAUGCGGAAGAGAUCAUCCGAGCUCUUCAGGGCCAUUGUUUCAGCGCCAGGUAUCUCUAUAGACAGUGCCCUUGAUAAAUGGUUGGAAGAAGGAAAAAAGAUAAACCGGGCUGAGGUCGCAAAUGCUAUGCUCAAUCUGCGUAGACGCCGGAUGUAUGGGAGAGCAUUGCAGAUGUCAGAGUGGUUGGAAGCAAAAAAUCAAAUGGAAUUUACCGAGAGAGAUUAUGCUUCUCGGCUUGAUUUGAUAGCCAAAAUCCGUGGCCUGCAGAAGGCAGAAGCUUAUAUCGAGAAGAUCCCAAAAUCUUUCAGAGGGGAAGUGAUAUAUCGGUCUCUUCUAGCCAAUUGCGUUGCCACGAGCAAUGUUAAGAAAGCAGAAGAGGUUUUCAACAAAAUGAAGGUCUUGGGGUUCCCUCUGACGUCAUUCGCUUGUGACCAGUUGCUUCUCCUCUACAAGAGAGUUGACAAGAAGAAAAUAGCUGACGUGCUGUUGCUGAUGGAGAAAGAAAACAUCAAGCCUAGUCGCCUUACAUACCAGACUCUGAUUGACACCAAGGGAUCCUCAAACGACUUAACCGGGAUGGAACAAAUUGUGGAGACAAUGAAGGCUGAAGGUGUUGAACUGGACCUUCGCACACAGUUUAUCUUAGCUAAACACUAUGCAGCUGCCGGGCUUGAGGAGAAGGCCGAGAAAGUCUUGAAAGAGAUGGAAGGUGAAAGCUUGACGGUGAAUCGCUGGGCAUGCAAGGAUCUGCUCUCAGUCUAUGCAUCUCUCGGGAGAGUCGACGAGGUGGACAGGAUUUGGAAGAUUUGCGGAGAAAACCCCCGAAUUGACGAAUGCCUAGCUGCAAUUCUGGCUUUUGGAAAGAUCGGUAAAAUCAAAGAAGCAGAGGAGAUUUUCGAGAAGUCACUGAAACUGUCAAACAGGGUUCCUGCCAAGGUUUUCUCGGCUCUCCUGAGGGUUUAUGUGGAUCACAAGAUGCUGUCAGAGGGUAAAGAUCUCGUUAAACGGAUGGCGGAAAGCAACUGCACGAUAGGGGCAUUGACAUGGGAUGCCCUUAUCAGGCUCUACGUUGAUGCUGGGGAAGUCGGAAAGGCAGACUCUCUGUUGAACAAGGCGACACAACAGAACCAGAUGAGACCCCUGAUGAAUUCCUUCAUGUACAUCAUGGAAGAUUAUGCAAAAAAGGGCGAUGUGCAUAACACAGAGAAGAUCUUCCAAAGGAUGAGGCAAGCCGGGUAUGUAUCCCGGUUCAGGCAGUUCCAAGCCCUUCUCGAGGCUUACGUUAACGCCAAAAACCCGGCUUAUGGAAUGAGAGACAGGAUGAAGGCUGACAACAUCUUCCCGAACAAGGCCAUGGCAGCCCUGCUGGCUCAGACCGAUCCAUUCAGGAAGACUGCUGUCUCCGACCUUCUUGAUUAAGUCCUUUUUAUAUUCUUCUAGAACUUUCUUCUCUUGCUGUUUCCUAGUAUUUCGUAUGUCUCUUUGGAUGAUUCUGUCGUGAUGAUGAUGUAGGCCUGAAAACGGUUUGUUUAGUUUCUGGUUCUGUCUAAAAUCGCCAUUAGGCAUUGGUUUGAUCAA